GUGCAAAGUGCCUGCAGUUGUUGAAACUUUGGCAGACCAAGCUUGCGAUCAUAACUUCCAGAUUAUAUCAUGAAAAAGGCUUGAGAUCGAACCCAAUGAGCGUCACGUCAAGAUGCAAACUACUCACAUCCCGGUUGCUUUCAAAAAUAGGUGAUACUAGUACAACGCGUCGAUAUUGUUUAAUAAACACAAUCCGAUUUCUUUCCAAUCCAAGAGAUCAUAGAGAUCAUAGCUGCAGUGAGAACGAUGAAGCUACGUUGUAUGUUCAUUGGCCAUUCUGCAGGCAGAUCUGUACAUUUUGCAAUUUUAACAAAUAUUUAAGUAACAAUGUGAACCAUCAGCGUAUGCGGAAAUGCCUUGUGACAGAAACAGAAACCCUGUUACAUUUGUCUGGUGUGAAAAGGAUUUCCUCAGUUUACUUUGGUGGAGGUACACCCAGUCUAGCAGAGCCUUUGACAAUCUCCUCAGUGCUGGAAACUGCAGCUAGGAUUUGCCAUUUGUCAAAUGAAGCCGAAGUGACGCUUGAGGCUAAUCCCACCUCAGCUGAAACUGACAACCUCAGACAUUUCUAUACAGCUGGGAUCAAUCGGCUUUCACUCGGAGUCCAGGCCUUCAGUGUGAGAGAUUUGACUGUAUUGGGGAGAGAUAACACCAUUAAAGAUUCACUGCAAGCAUUACAGACUGCAAGAUCCAUAUUCCCUGGGAAAGUUUCAAUUGACCUAAUGUUUGGGCAACCACACCAAACACUAGAUGACUGGAACAAGGAGCUGUCCCAUGCGUUAUCUGUGUGCGAUGAUCAUAUUUCAUUAUAUCAACUGACUCUUGAGAGAGGUACACCACUUUUUAAGAGUGUCAAAUCAGGAAAAUUGCCACUUCCUAAUCCUGAUGUUGUAGCUGAAAUGUACCAGUUGGCUGUAGAGACUUUGAUUGCAAAUGGAUUCCACAGAUAUGAAGUGGCAAACUUUGCAAGACCAGGUGCAGAGAGUAGGCAUAACCUGUCUUACUGGAAUGGCACUCAGUACAUUGGAGUGGGGCCAGGGGCCCAUGGCAGAUUUGUUCCUUAUGGAAGUGGAAGUGAAACACGACAAGCAAGAGUGCAGACACUAGAACCAAACCAAUGGAUGAAAGAGGUUGAAACAAGAGGCCAUGCAACCAGAACACAGAUAACACAAACAAAAUUUGUAAUAUUAGAAGAGGUUUUCAUGCUUAGUCUCAGGACGGCAGAUGGUCUUAGUAACGAGGUAUUGGUAAUAAUGUUAUGACAGUCAACAGAAAGUAAAGUGGAACCUUGAUACAGUGAAGGCAAAGACCGGCAAAACAUGUUCUCUAUAAUGAGGUUUCGUUGUAUCAAAGGUUCUUCUCCAUAUAUUUUUCUAUUACUGGCAGGAAGGAUAUUGUUUGUUAUGCCAAGGACUUUGUUAUAUAGAGAUUUUUUAAACUGAGGUUCCACUGUAACCAAAUUUUAUUAUGCUGUGUUAGGCAACUUUCAAACUUUUUUUUAGUCUACUACAGGUAGGUAAAUUCUAGCACAUGACCAUUCAAAUGAAGUUUUUCAUGUGGUGCUGUCUGUUUAUUCAAAUGGAGCACUGUUUUCCUAGUUGUAUAAGAAAAAUGUACCAUAUGUUGCAGAUGAGAUCUAGAAAAUCUGAGAGUGCACAAGAAACCAUUUGGCAAGUGCAUAAUAAUCUGCACAAGUGGAAUCAUUUCUUUAUUAAAAUCGCCUUAAAGACUAAAAUAAAAAUAAAAAUGCCCCCCAAAAACAUGCAUAC